AGCGAUGCUCCAGUCCAACUCCUCCGCGCUCUGGAGGGACGGGGUCCCCCUCUCCGUGAGCUUUGAAGCUCCUGAGGAUUUUCUCAUUUUCCUCUUCCAGAUUGUGUUCGCGACAGCCGCAGUUCUGCUGGCCGGGACUGUUGUCAUCAGCAUCUUCGCCACCAAAGAGCUGCGCGCUCAGAACAGAUUCAUUUUCAUGCUCAACACGAGCAUCUGCGACACCCUGGUUGGCUUCUCCGUGUUCUAUCUGGGCCUGUUCGAUGUUCAGGAGUUAUAUCCGUCCAGAAACGGGACGUUUUAUGUGUUGUCGUCGCUCUUAGGGGUCAAUAUGUUGACUUUCAUGUUUGCGCAAUUCGAUCGAUAUUUUGCAGUGUGCCAUCCGUUCCUCUACAGCCGCUUCGUCACCAAACCUGUGGUGAUCGGAGCCAACAUCUACUGCUGGCUUUACACAGUGGUUAACAUACUGAUCCGAAAUCUGCUGCCAGUUUCCAAAUCCAUCCAGUUUUACGUCAUGGGUAUCAUCCUGUUUCAACUCGUAGUUCUCACCAAAGUCAUCAUGACCAUCAAACUCUACGUGGUUGCGCGGUAUCAGCUGGAGCGAGAGCCCCCCAGCGCAGAGAGGGAGAGCAAGCUGGAGUCUCUGAGGGUCAUCAUUUUUGUUGUCAUCAGUUUCCUGACCUUAUGGUGUCCAUCGUUUGUGAAUAUCAUCAUCAAGUAUGUGACCGGGGGAGGGUUGGUGUUUCGGAACGAGGCCACGAAUCCUUUCGCCAUCCUGGCGCGCUUCAGCGCGGUGUGCACGCCGUCUGUGUACCUGUGGGGGAGUCCGGUUCUGAGAAGCGCCACGGUGAGGACGGUGUGGGGUCGAGUUUGCCCCAAGUGCAGCAGGAGAGUUGGCCCCCAUCGGAAAAAAGAGCUCAGCUAAGAGUUUGGAUGACUUUUACGCACCAUCUUUCGUUGGAGACGAUUUUACGCACGAGUUGAAUGAACAUUUGAGGUUUUUCCUGCAGCUUUUUCAAAUAAUAAAUUGAUAAUACAAUCUAAAACAGACUGUACAUUAAAAAAAGACACAAUAACUACAGUAAAUAUUUAGAUUUUGUUUAUUUAGCUUUACUUUCUUCAAAUUUUGCGCAACAGUUGUGCGUAAUGACGGCUCUUCUGAAGGAUUUUACAGAGACUUCUCCAGCAAAGCCUUUUGACUUUUGUGGUUUUUGCUCAUUCGCGUGACACAUUAUUCUUCAAGAAAAACGAUCAACACGAGACUUGCUCUUUUCCUUUUCCCUGGCUGCGCAAAGCUGC